AUGAAUUCGUCCUCCAUUCCUUCCUCCGCCGCUACUGGAUCCUCCUCCUCUCUCCUCUUCCCUGCUACCAUCCCCCAGAUCGACUACGCGGCGCCGGCAGCACGAUCCUCCUCGCACAAUCGAGAUUAUCCCCUCUUCGGCGGCUAUACGCGGCGGUCGUGCCAUUGCAUCCAGCUCGACACCAAGAACCUAGCUUCCCCGACCAGAUCCCGGCAGCGAUCCAGCACAAUGCCCGCGAGUAGCGCGUGGCGAUCGCGCUUGCCAUCGAGCCAAGCGUCCGGAUCACCCCCGCCAACGUGGACGUGGAGCUCCGGAUCAAGACCCUAUCCGUGGGCGUGUUCUCGGAGGACUUGCUCAAGAACGAGGCAGCGCUGGGCUUCUACCCUUACCGGAUUAGAUUCUCGAUCGAGCCCCAGCUGCGCGAUCGCAGCGCCGUCGCGAUCCCGCUCUACACGCCCAGGAUCGGAGCUAGCGACAGCGGCGGGACAAGUUGGCGCGCGGCCCGUGUCGAUCAGUGGGAUGGAAUGCCAAGAAUCGACAGAGAGGGGGAUGAUCAGUGCCGGCGUGGAGGAGUCCGGGAACACGGCAGUGUUUGAGUGGAGGCUUUUGCGAUGGAGCCACAAUGCCGCGACAUAUAACGCGCACAAGCCACACCCUGGAUUGAGCUUGCCUACCAAGUCUCUCAAGGCACCAUUUCCACAGGAAUCAAAGUGGAAAGCUUCCCCGACGUCAUGUGGGAUCUCCACCCGAGAUCAAAGUUUCCGCUCCAAUUCAAGUUCCAGUUGGAGGUGGGGAUGCAUCUGCUGUGGUUUGUGGGCACGAACCGGUUGUUCCGAGUGGCCGAGUGGAGCAGCCAGGGAUUCGAGUUUCGUCACGAGCUUCUAGUUAGCGAUGGUGUGAUCUCCACCGUCACCUGAAAGUAUAUUCCGUUGGAGAUGGUUUCACUUCGUGUUCAUUGAAUCCCCAAGCCAUUUCCAAUGCACUGUUGAUCGUCUUGCU